CAGAUGCUCUGCGAGAAUUUCAUCAAAGGACUCUGCCCGCUGCCGCCCGCGUCGCCUCUGAAUCUGACGUCGUGGUUCGCGAAGCCGAAGCCCAAUCCGCUGCCCCCGCCGAAACAGCGCAGCGGCAAAACCCUGAAGGUGCUGCACAUGUCCGAUUUCCACCUGGACCCACGGUACGCCACGGGGUCCGAGGCGAACUGCACCUCGGGCCUCUGCUGCCGCGCGAACAACUUCAACCCGGCGAGCGUGCACACGCCGCUGUCGCCGGCGCCGCGUUUCGGCGCCUACCGCUGCGACACGCCGAUGGCGCUGGCGGCGGCGGCCGUCGAGGCGAUUCCCGUGCUGACCGGGACGCAGGGGGACGGAUUCGCGUUCACGGUCUAUACUGGGGACCUGGUUUCGCACGAUGUCGAAAACCAGCUGUCGCGGGACUAUGUGCGCUACACGGAAACCCUGCUGUACGAUCUGUUCCGCAAGACGCUCGGGUCGGGGCCCGUCUACGCUGCGCUGGGCAACCACGACUCGUACAACCAGGCGCAGGAUGCUCCGCACAUGCUCGGCAAGAAGCUCGGCAGCCAGUUCAGUUGGAACUACGACCACGUCGCCGCGCUGUGGGCGCACGAGAACUGGCUCCCGGAAGCCGCGGUCGAGCUCGCCAAGGCGCACUACGCCGCUUACAUGGUCCGCCGCAAAGACGGUCUGCGCGUCAUCACCCUCAACACCGACUUGUGGUACAGAGCGAACUACUUCAACUACAUCAAUCUCGACCAGCCCGACAACUCUGGCAUGCUGCGGUUCUUGACUGACGAGCUGCAGGCCGCAGAGGACGCGGGCGAGCGCGUCUGGAUCGUGGGCCAUGUCCUGACUGGCUGGGACGGCAGCAAUCCACUGGUCAAUCCGACGGAUCUGUUCUACCAGAUCGUGGAUCGCUACUCCCCACACGUCAUCGCCAACAUCUUCUUCGGGCACACCCACGAGGACCAGCUCACGAUCUUCUACGCCAACAACGCCACGAAUAUCAGCGCGCAGACUGCUUUGACCCAGUCUUGGAUCGGCCCGUCGAUCACUCCCCUGACGAACCUCAACUCUGGGUUCCGCAUGUACGAGGUGGACUCGGCCACAUUCGAUGUCAUGGAAGCAUACACGUGAUCUCACCCUGUGUUUCUAUGCGCUGCCGGCGAUGUGAGCUCACGCGUUUGCCUUCGCAGGUGGCGCGCAGACGUCAACGCGUUCGGGGCGCUCGACAACCAGACCGAGGUCGGGCCGACGUAUGCUUGCGAGUACAGCACGCGUGAUGCGUAUGGGCCGAGCGUGCCCGGCUGGACGUCGAGCGAUCCGCUGAAUGCGACGUUCUGGCAUCACGUCACGGA